UCGACGAUGUGUGUGCGGGAGUUUGUUUGAAAAAGAUGCCGAAAUUCUCAGUUCUAUCGCGCUAUGGCGCUCUCGUUUUGGUAUCUCUCGUUAUAAACUUGUGUGAAGUGGAAGCACCCACACCACGCGGAGGAAAUGUCAAAGGUUCCUCCCCAUCGAGACGCUCCCCAAAAAACGCCCCCUCGCCACCGAAAGGAUGCCCCCCAUCUCCAUUACUCGAGAAAGUCUGCCGAGAAUCGAUCUCGAACUUGUACAAAGCGCCGGACGGGACUUGCCUGGACUAUCCCCCGGAAAGAUGCGCAGUCCUGGCAGCCAAUGGACAGCUGGAACAGUGCAAAUGCACCGAGCCUGGACACGACUGCUUCGCCGAUAAGUGCACGCAACUCCCGCAGUGCACCAUCGACAUGAUACGGCAAGAAAACCCUGAAGCUUUCUCCAGGGGACCAGGGAUCAGGGGCCAGAACGGGAAGCCGUCCUGGCAGCGUGCUACUGCGGCCGUUCUUAACAAACUCCCUAGGGGCAAUUCCGUGAAAAAUUUCCUCGCCAAAUCACCGACAUUCGCCCGUUCUCUCACGGGCGGUGUGAAGAAACUCAGCUCAUCAGUCAGAGGAAGGUUAUCGAGAUCGCGUUCGGGGUCGAAAUCGAAAGGAGGGGUCUCAAGGUCAAGUUCAAAUGGUUGGCUCUCAGAUACCGGCCGCAGCCCAUAGACGCUAUUAGUGCCACGUCACA